UCUCUUUCGCAUAGUUCUCUGGAGACUUGACAAACUGAAACGGAGCUCCUCUGUAGACUGUAAUGAUCAGAAACAGAGCAUGAAAGAGAGUACCAGCAAUUUCGAAUUUAACAGGACCUUUCGCUACAAUUUCUUUACUCGUUGUUUUAAUAAAUCCUUGUCUUAGGCUAAACCCACUCAGAACCAUAUCUUAGUUUUUGCUAAAAAUGGCGUCACCACUCUGUCAAUCACCUUUAGUGAAGCACUACCCCUCUGUUUCACCUUUCUCUUCCAAAUUCCUUCAUGCCCACAAAGAUUACCGCCAAAUCUCCUACGUGGGGUCCUCAAAAUACCUUCAAAUGUUUGAUAUAGGAGCGAAAACAUCGAAAGUGGGAGGUAGUAGGACCAGGCGGAUGCGUGCAAUGGCUUCGUUGGGGGGGCUUUUAGGUGGGAUAUUUAAAGGGAAUGACACUGGGGAGUCCACUAGGCAGCAGUACGCUUCAGUUGUGGGAGUCAUCAAUGGAUUGGAAGCUGAGAUGUCCGCAUUGUCGGAUUCGGAGCUGAGGGACAAGACUCCAUUGUUGAAAGAGCGAGCCAAGCAGGGUGAAUCUUUAGAUUCCCUUUUACCUGAAGCAUUUGCUGUUGUCAGAGAGGCUUCAAAGCGGGUUCUAGGCCUUCGUCCUUUCGACGUCCAACUGAUAGGUGGCAUGGUUCUUCAUAAGGGAGAAAUAGCUGAAAUGAGGACUGGAGAAGGAAAGACCCUUGUUGCUAUUUUACCAGCUUAUCUAAAUGCAUUAACUGGAAAAGGAGUGCAUGUUGUUACUGUCAAUGAUUAUCUUGCUCGACGAGAUUGUGAGUGGGUUGGUCAAGUUCCCCGUUUUCUUGGAUUGAAGGUUGGCCUAAUCCAACAGAAUAUGACAAGUGAACAAAGAAGGGAAAAUUACUUAUGUGACAUCACAUAUGUGACCAAUAGUGAGCUUGGUUUUGAUUUUUUGAGAGACAACCUUGCCACGAGUGUUGAGGAGCUUGUUUUGAGGAGUUUCAAUUACUGUGUAAUUGAUGAGGUUGAUUCCAUCCUUAUUGAUGAAGCUAGAACUCCUCUCAUCAUAUCUGGACCUGCAGAAAAACCUAGCGAUCGGUAUUAUAAAGCUGCAAAGAUAGCCGCAGCCUUUGAAAGGGAUAUACAUUACACUGUUGAUGAGAAGCAGAAGACGGUUCUACUAAUGGAACAGGGUUAUGAGGAUGCUGAAGCAAUUCUGGAUGUAAAGGAUUUAUAUGAUCCUCGAGAACAGUGGGCAUCAUUUGUUCUGAAUGCAAUAAAAGCGAAAGAAUUAUUUCUUAGAGAUGUGAACUAUAUUAUCCGUGGCAAGGAAGUUCUAAUUGUGGAUGAGUUUACUGGUCGAGUCAUGCAGGGGAGGCGGUGGAGUGAUGGGCUUCACCAGGCAGUUGAAGCAAAAGAAGGUUUACCCAUACAAAAUGAGACUGUAACUCUGGCAUCAAUUAGCUACCAGAACUUCUUUCUCCAGUUCCCUAAACUUUGUGGAAUGACUGGCACUGCAGCAACUGAAAGUACUGAAUUUGAGAGCAUAUACAAGCUGAAAGUUACAAUUGUACCUACAAACAAGCCUAUGAUAAGAAAGGUAUCUUCCAGCAAGCCAUCUCUAAAGUUUUUGAUGAAAUGUAAAAUAGGAGAAAAUAGCGGAAGCGGAGAGAAAGAGGUUUACAAAGAAAUUUGGGGUGGUUUAGUGUUAGACGCCUACGUCCACCACUAUGAAUUGCCCCAAGGGCUACACUGUGCUCGUAUUCACUUGAUUUGUUAA